GUCACUUUGUUUUGAGUUUCAGCGGUCUCUGUUUACAGAUUUAACGAUGGAAAACAACACCAGUGUCAGCUCUAUGCUCAUGUAUGAGGAUGAGUCGGUGGAUGUCCGUUUCAGUAACGGAGCUCAGUUACAACUGUCACCGUGUGGUUGUGAAUUCAUGCUGGUAAAACCAACGGACCCCUCCGGACAUCCUCUACAGCCCACCGAGAGAGUCCGACAGAGGACGAGGUUCACCAUCAGUGCUUACAAGGAGUUUUUGGUGGCUGCAUUAGCAUUCAGGAAUAAAUAUGCAAGUCGUCCAUACCUCUCAGAGGAACUCAUCCCUCCAGACUCGAAGAAGCCUUUUUUCAGCAUUGACUCAGACGUUCACUGGCCCGAGUGGUCUUCCUGUGAUUCUGAACUCGGACCCAAAGGUGAAACCAUCAUCAGGUCAGAGGAUGGGAAAGCUGCGUUGAUGCUGUCGUCCUCGGCUGAAGAAUUUUCUGUGGAGUUCACAUCCAACUUCAGUCAGAAUAAAAAUCAUCACCUCAGCACAGAAAGCAGCCAAGGCAGUGUGCAGCUACAGCCGCAACAUCCAGAGGAAGCAUUCAGGUCCACCACAGUAGUCCAGUAUCACUCCUGCUCUGAGGUUGACCCCAUCUGGAUAUACCCUCUUUCUUUGGCUCGCCAUCUUUGGAUGACUCGUUCCCUCAGAGCUGAAGAUAUCAGGGCAAAAGGUGGGAGUGAUCUCCCCCAUAUGUUUGAUGCAUCUAAUGGAGAGAGGAGGUCUCAGCUUCCUCAGGCGCUACCUCUCACAUGUUCAUCCCCUCACUGGCACAGGUGGAAAGCUGAAGAUCCCCUCCAUCAAAAAGAGCAAGAUCUUCCAACAGAGCUUGUAAAAGUGAUGUGGUGUCAGGGAGUCACAUACAGGAUCUUGGGAGGAGUUGUCUCGGUCAUAGAGGUUUCCCCUGGGGAUGGAUCAGUCAUCCGGUCUAAUGGUGUCCUCAGCUCUUAUUUUACCCAUCUCAAACACUAUCCUCUGUCAGGACAGGUGAAAGAGGUAACCUACCAUGUGAACAACCUUCCCCCUGACGUACCGGGUCAGCUGUACUCUGUAUGCACUGUUGUGAGUCGGGCAAGCAGGAUCUUGACAUGCCACAAUGAAGCCAAGCAAUCACUAAGGUUCUCUGUUACACCCAGCUGCCUGCAAGAUGAAAAAGGCAGAUGUGUUUCUAAAUCAGCCAUAACUGAAGGAGAUCUGCACCAUCAUGUAUCUAUUCAGCAGCAUGUAGAUGUCACACAAUCGAUAGAAAGCCGGUCAGAUAUUGUAGCUGCCGAGCUGGAGAAGAUAAAACGGUUCAACUUUCUAUUGGAGAACAGCCACUUGCUAGGAAAUGAGAGAGGAUGUUCAGAGGUUAUGAGUAACUCUACAGGAGAGGUGAUGCAGGAGUCUGUGAAUGAGGAGUGUAUUGCUGAGGCUCUACAGAGGACAUCUAAAGCCAUACAGGACAUUGAGGCUCUAAUAUCUGCAGCCAGUCUCACUUGAAAUAAAAACACUGAAAGGUUUGAAUUUUGAGGUUGCACACAGAUAAAUUCAUGAAGAUGUUUAUUAACCCUUUUAAUCCUAGUGCGUCGCCAACGAUGCGCUGUUGAAGCACACUUUACAUGACCAUAAUUGCAUGACCGUUUGUGCUAUCGGAAAAAAAAACAAUUUCUAAAAGCUAAGAAACUGUGCUUCACAGCCAGCAUGCGGUUAUUACUGUA